AUACCCGUUCAUUUAAUUACGAAUAGAGCAUUCCGGAAUCGACUGGUUAGGCUGUGGAGCACCCAAGUCCCAAAUCUCUGGCCCAUUCCAUGAUAAUUUCGCUUUUCCACACGUUGCCCGAGGAGCGGAGUGGCAAUCUUAUCGAAUGUUUCAUAAUUAAGUUGAUUAAUGCCAAUUAAUUGCCGCAAGCUUUGCAUGCCCAAUGGCAGGGCCAAUCGAUUUCGUAGGUUUUUUCUUUUGGCCACAAACUCUUGCCACCAACCAAGCGGCGGACAUGUGACUGGCAGCUGCCAAGUGGCAUUUGCAAUUGCAUUUGCAUAAGGUCCGUUGGACAACGUGGAAUGCCAGCGAAUAUUGGACGGGGUGGGUGGCUCAUAAGUGUCCAUAUUUCAGCGGCUCAAUGGGGAUUUGCCUGCCACCCCCCACCCUCGGUUGCAUGGCCAACAAAGCUCUGACCCAGUGCGCCACUAAGGGCCAGUUCCAAUUUGGUUACUCGCCCGCAACGCACACAAAUCCUAAAAAAAAAAAAAAAAAUUAAAAAAAAAAUGUAAACCCUGGAAACAUUCGGCCCUAGAUUCAACCCAAUUGGAUAGAGUGUACACCCGUUUGUGACCUCACACCCAAAAUAGUCUUGACACUUAUCUGCGACUUUUUCGUCGCAUACCGAGAUAUAUAUAUAGUUAUAUAUCUCCCGACGCGAGCGGAACUCUUAUCAAAUCAACGGUCGGUCGGUCGGCUAUAUACGCGAUCCGCCAUAACGAAGUGGACAAACAAAAUCCAAUAUAAUGCCCAUAUACCCCAGUUAUAUAUAUUGUGCAAAAAAGUAAACAAAACCGAAUUCAACUUGGCUAAAACAAACCUGUCGCCGCUCCACUCGCAGUCGGAGUCAGCUGCUCCAAUCGCCAGGUUAACUUGACUUGAAGAUCGUUGGCACUGGAGGCCCUUAUCCACGUGAUCUUAAUCUGUUUGUUGUAUGUUUUGUUUCAAUUUGUGCGUCAUGCAGUCGGGAUUGUCAACGGUUUGGCCUUUUUGAAGAUGGAGCUAGGUGAUCGGCGGGCGGGCGAUGGCAAUUAGCGGACUGAGCAGCAUAUUGCCCGAAAAGUGAUUGAUAAUCGUCGUUCGUAACUGCAAACAGAAAUAACAAGCCAAGCGAAAAUCGAAUUGUGUGUGCCUGAAGCGCUGGAUGCGCCCCUACAUCUGCCUCAUGGAGCUGCCAAUCAACCGACCCGGAAGCGGGAACCUGCUGCUGGGACUCACCUCCGUGGUGGGUCUCAUUGGAGGCGCCUAUCUGCUGCAGUGUGGCGCCCAGCAGCUCUUGGGCAAACUAGCCAAUAAGAAGUGGAGGAAGGAGGAGUCCAGCAGCGAGGAUCACGCCUGCAACGUCUGCUGUGCGGACCUGGAUCUGAGCAGUGCCAAAAACUACGUGACAUGUUGCACCUGCGGAAAAUCGGUUUGCCGCGGGCCGAAAUGCUCCGACUGGCGGCCCAAGGACGCCAAGUGGGAGUGCCAGCUGUGCCAGAGCUCCAAGGAGUCGCUGGCCCACACCUCCUCAUGGGUGGCCGAGCAAAUGUCCUUCAACCAGCACAAGUUUGUCUAUCCGAUGAGGGCCAGGAGCGAGGUGUACAUACCGAUUGUGGGCGAUGGCAACGACAGCAGCAUGCAAUUCGAGAGCGUUAGCCAGAUUGGACAAACCGCCCACAUGGACGAACGGGCCAAGAUCCGCGAGUAUGUCGAGGAGAUUGUGGCCGAAAUGCUGGGCGGCAAUUUGGACCACGUCAAAGUGGGGCAGCUGUCCAAGAGUGAGAACUACUUGCAACUCUUUGAUAAAUUCCAUGCGAAGCUGAGUAACCUGCUUAUCAAUGUGGAAAACAGUUUGUGGGCGCGUGCACUCAGGGGAGAUCUGCCGGCCAUCGUAAAUGGCCACACCAACAAUAAUAAUAACAACAACAGUGCGGACUCCGAGCUGGCCGACCUCUCGCAGACCCGACUACGCAGUCUCAUCGAGACCAUCAUAGCGGAGACCCUGCGGAGCUCCUCCCUCAGCGCCAGCGGAGCCGUCUCGGAGAUCAGCCUGGACACCAGGUCCCACGUCUCCGAGCUGGCCAAUGGCAACGGUCUGAAGCGACGCCAUCGCACCGAGCACUACUUCGAGCCCAAGAUCUACCAGGAUCUGCUGGCCACAGCGGUGCUAAAUAAGAUUGCGGAUAAGGAAGGGAAUACAAGGCUGGCGGCGGAGAGUACGCCGGACUUGAGUGGUCGCCACAUUGACGAGAAUUUCAAUGCCGAAGCGCUGAGCACCACGUCCGGAAGCUCCAUUGAACCACGGAGUGAUUGCAGCCUCACCGAUCAUGAAAUCGGACUGGAUAAUGGCAAAUCCCAAUCCCUGCAAACGGACUUGGAAAGGGAAUCCGUGCUAAGUGACUAUAUAGCCGCACACAUGGUGCCACUGCCGGACUUUUCAGCAUCCGUCACCGAAUCCGAGGAUGAUAUUGGAUCCAUAUCCUCGGGCAUGAUCGGAGACGGAAACUGGGAGGACAACUGGCUGUUCAAGAAGAAACGCAGCUCGGCCACUCCGAGCAGCAUUGGCAUGCUGGUGCCGGCGCCGAGGGAGAAUGUACGUGCCCAGAUUGGGGAUAAGACCACGGACGAGGUGAGCGAUCUCUCGGAGAUUGGUUCGGACAUCGAGGAGAGCUCUCUGGAUCUGCUGCGCUGCAACGAUCUCAACGAUCGUCUGCUGAGCAAGCACCUCAUUGGUGGCCAAAACACCAAGAUGGUCCUCGACGAGCUCGUAGAUCGCACCAGUCUCACGUCCCACACAUUGCCGGAGGAGAAUGAGCCCGCAUUCACAGAGACAACCAAUGAGUUUGUGGUGUCCCCGAUGGCCAUGCCCUCUGAUAUAAAGGCGCCAUCUCCGACGCCACCUCCGCCACCAAUGAUAUUCCAGGAUGACUUGUUGAACGAGGAGACAGACCACACUCCCAUCGCAGCCCAAGGCGAAUCCGAGGAGCUGUCCAGCCUCGAUGGCUGCACUGGCUUUAGCACAGUCGAGUACAUCGAUGAGGGGCAGAUGCACGAUACUGUGCCAUCGGUGAUCGAGAUCUUGGCAGCCAUGGCCCUGGGACCCAUGCUAGCUGUUCCGGCAUCUGAACAGCCUGGUGCCAUGACACCCAGUGAGAUGCACACCCUCAAAGAACUGAGUGACUUGGCCCUCGCCGAGAUCAACGCUCGCACCGUGGACCUGGUGCACGCCCACUCACUGGACAUAAUCGAAGAGGAGAACACAGAGCCUUCAGAAGCUGGCCCAGAGCAACACCUUGACUUUGUCCCACAUCCAUCGCUCGAGGAGAUUACAACUACUGACCAAGCGGAUGUGCUUCCACCUCCUCCACAAUUAAAGCUAAUAUCUGAGAUUGAACUGCUGCCGCCUAUAGAAAUUGUCCAAGAUAUCAAUUGUAUGGAAACACAGUAUCCUGCAGUAAUUGUCCCUGAAUUAGAGACUCCAGGACAAACGGCGCCUGUGGAAAUUGUUCCGGAGAUAAAAACUGAUGAUGCUACUCCUGUAGAGUCCGUGCAGAUUGUGCCAGGAAUAACACCUCCAUUGGAUAUUGUACCAGAAGACCAAUCUAACGUGGAAUCAAAUCAAGUAGUUCCAACAACAGAAUCUGAAGUUGUCCAUGUGCCACUGCAUGUGGAAUCUGGUCCAGAAAUACCAGUGCCAUUUGAAAUCGUACCAGAUCCCGUGGUAAUGGUUGACUCCGAACUACACUCAGUGGAUCCACCAGAAGCUAUAAAUUUCGCUUCGCUGGACUUGGAACCGCCAAAGCCUUUGGAUUCCGAUCCUGAAACUGUGCAAACUCUAGAACCUAUCGAGCUCAAUCCCGGAGCAGAAUCUAUCGGAGAGGAUCAGGGCCCCGUAACCAACUUGGUUCCAGGUGAUCCCACAGCAAGUUUAUCAGAACAAAUUCCGGAAAUGAUUGCAGAUCCCAUAGCAACGACACUCCCUGAUCCUAGUCCUAUACCUGUCCUAGUAGACAAUGGUACACAAUUGGAUGAACUAGGAACAAUUGAAGCUGAUUCACAUACUACAUCAGUCCCAAUGGAAACCGUUUCUUUAGUGGAACCCCAGGUGCCUGUGGAAGCUGACGCCGUAGCUCAGUCCGAUCCUGUGAACUCACUCGAGCCGCUGGAUAAUGUUUUAGAGAUUCCACCUUCACCAGUGCCAAUAGAUUCAGAGCCUCCAAAUAUUGCAGCCGAUUCAUCGCCACCUUUAGAAGUCGCAGAGCCCGGGGAAUCAACUACUAUAGAAGUUGCUACAGUGGAUUCACCACAAUCUAUAGAGACGGAACUACCAACGGCCGUGGAAAGUCUAGUCUCAGUAGGAUUGCUUAAAGACGGUGAAUCUGUCGAUGUCAUAAUAGGAUCUGAAUCUAUCGUAGUAAACCAACCACAAGUUGGAGAAACUGUUGGACCAUCAGCUUCUGUGGACAUAGAUUCAGAAAAUCAAACAGUGGGACUAGUUGUCAAUGUUCCAGAAUCGCAAACAAUUUCAGAAGAAUUCGUAUCGACAAUUGAUACGAUAAGUCCACCAUUUCCAACUGAAGUUGCCGUUCAAGUAAAGUCCAUUGACGUGGAAACUUCAGAGACUCCAGAAGAUACAGAACCUGCCUCAGUUGAACCACCAGAGCCCGUGGAUAUUGUUUCGGAAAUACACAAUGUCCCAGUUAACUCAUCUAAGCACUGUGAAUCGGUCCCUGAAGCGAAUGUGAAUAUACCACCUAUGGAAAUAGUUCCACAUGAGAGUAGCCCAUCCAUGGAACUUCAAGACGAAUUACCUCAAACAUUGGAAUCUAGUGCAGUGGAUCACACAGCAGCACAGCCCGUUACAGUUGAUCCCUUACCGGUUACAGAAGUUGGUCCGGACGUAGUUCCUGUGGAACCCCCAUCGCUUGUGGAAACUGACCCAGAAACAAUGGCAAUAGAAAACCUUGAUCCUAUGGAAGUUAAACCUGAACCAGAAUCUAGUACAAUAGAAAAUCUGACUCCUAUCGAAAGCUUAUCUGAAGCGGAGUCCAUCGAUGUGAAAACCCAAAUUAAUUCGUCAAAUCAUAUUGAACAGCCAACCAUAUCAGAAGAACCACAACCGACAGUCCCAAUGGAUACUACACAGCCUAUUGAAAUCGUUGAAGAAGUAGCAUGCAACACCAUAGAUUUGAUAGCCACCACUGAAGCUGUUAAUGUUGAUCACUCAGAGCCUGGAGAAGCAGCUCCUAUAAGCGAAGUACUGGAAUUCCAUAGUUCUGGAGGAGAUCUCCCUGAAGCAGACUCUCACACAAUAGAACCAUUACCAGCGGAAGUGAUCGAAGUGGUACCUACAGUAUCUGCAGAAACGCUGGCUCCAUCUGAACCUGUUGAGGUAGUUUCUCCAUCUGCUAUUGUAUUGGAUAUCCAAUCCCAAUUACCGGAACAACCGGAGCCCAUGGAAAAUGCAACUCAAAUUGAAAUUGAGGAAAUGGUAUCACCAGCACCCGUGGAGAUUGUUCCUACCACAACAGAAGAUUUACACCAAGCUGAAUCCAUAGUGGAGACCGUUUGUCCCGUUCCAGCAGUAGAAGAAGUGAAACCCAUAGAAGGUUCAACAGCUGUUAUAGAUAAGGCACCACAGAUAGCACCUAUUGAAGAAGAACGUUCUCAACAUUCGGAAAAGGAAACACCAGAGUCAGGGGAAGUCGGUUUGGACUCACCAAAUGUGGCUGUUGUAAUAACCACGACUGUUGAAGUAAUUCCUACGGCUACGGAAGCUGUCACUAUCCCUACAUCAGAUGAAGCAUCAACAGAAAUGCCUGAACCUCCUAAAAGUGAUUGUGAGACUGCACCUCUGGAAGCUGCAGGAAAAGAACCAAAUGAAGCUAUAGAGACGCAAUCGAUCACUGCUGAUAUCACACUUCAUGAAGAAAUUGUUUCUCAAGAUGGAUAUCUUGAAGCCUUCGAACCGCCAGCAUCAAUAGAUGUUAAUACCCAGGAAAACCUUAACGACAUGGAAUCUAAAGAAGGUUUAGAAGUUCCUGUAGAUGUACCACAAUCUAAUAAAAAUGAAACACUGACAGAACCCAUCGCAGUGGAUGAGGCAGUACCUGAAGAAGUCGUUCCCCAAUGUGCAGGGGUCGAAGUAGAAGUAUCAGAUCCAGAAGAAGCAACGCCUGCGACCAAUAAUUCAACUUCAGGUGAAAAUCCAUCAGUGGCAGUGUCAGAAUUGGUUGAUGUAGAACCUACACCGCAUGAGGAAAUACAUACAGAAUCCGGUAAAAAAGAUUUCCAAAAAAGUACUGUUGCAGUGGAUUUACUUGAAGGUAAUACGGAAGCCGAAGAAAAAGUGGAUCCCCUACCGGUUGGAGAAGAUGUUACUCCAGACAUAAUUGCCAUAGACCCCCCAUCUCUUGUGGAACUUAGCCCGGAUACACAAACAAUGGCAAUAGGAAACAUUGCUCCUUUGGAUAUUAUUCCAGAACCAGAACCCAUCGUCAUUGAACAAACGGUACCUGUGGAAAAACUGGAGUCUAUCGUAGUGGAGAUUGAGCCUGUAGCAAUUGAUCAGGCAGCGCUGUUGGAACCAUCAGUUUCUGCAGAAGUCCAAGAUACAGUUGAAUCAGCACAGCAACCAGUUCCAGAAAACGAAUCCGUCGAAGAGGAUUCACUAAAAGUUAGUAUAGGUGGAGAAAUAGUUUCAAUGGAUCCUAUUACGCCUGCUGAUGUGGUUUCUGAGCAGAAUUUCCGCGUUGAGGAACCAAUAACUUCUACUGAAGCCACCUCAGUUGAAGUUAUACCUUCUGAACCAUUCAAUACAGUGGCUGAAUCGCCAACUAUUGAAGAUACAACGCCGGAGGAAGUGACUCAAUCUGUGGCCGUGGAUACAACAGAUACCGAAGUCGCAUCGGCGGACCCCGUCCAAGUUGAUCAAAAGGAAUCACCUGUUCAUGUCGAAAUCGUUUCUCAAAUCGAAACUAGCGAUCCACAAGAAUUACCAAAAGAUACUGCGCAGGUCGAAGGUGAUGCAGUGGAUCAGGCAACCCUUCCGAAAGAUUCGGAGGCAGAUUCUAUCGCAGUGGAGCCAUCUAUUCCUGUCAAGCAAAACGAAGAUUCCCUAGGGGAUCCACUAGGAAGUGCAGAGAAUGUGUUAGACAUAGGACCUGUUGACGUGGAUAAAUCGGCCCCUGAGGAAAUUUCUGGGACUGAUUCUGUCGCAGUGGAACUGUCGGAUCCUAUGAAGCGAACCUUAGAUUCUUUAGGAAACACAGAUUUGGUGGCAGAGACAGAAUCUGCAGGCGCAGAUACUGAAAUCUGUGUGGACCCAAACACUCGUGCAGAGAUUGCAAGCCUAGAAAUCAAUCAACUGGAAAUAGUAACUUCCGAGGUGAAGGAGGAGCCGUUGUUAGAAUCGACGACCAUCGAUGAACAGCCAUCGGCUGUUUUGGAGCCCUUAGUUUUGAUUUGCCAAGCGGAAUCUCAAAAUCUGGAUCGCGCACUACCAGAGAACCUUGUUCCUCAAGAACAAUCAGUUCCUACAUCGUUACCAACUAAUUUAACCAUACAAACACAACCUACGGACUUGGAGACUCAACCAUCUACGGAACUUAUUCUAGAAACGGAAACUGUGGAUGUAGAAGAGGUGCAACCAGUUGACGUGGGAGAUUCAACAGUAGAUAAGUCGCAGGAAACUAAGGAAAUGGUUUUGGAAGUGGAGAGCUCCAAGGGGGAACCUUUAGAAGCUACCGAGUUAGUCACUCCGGAGCCAGUUGUGUACGGAGUACCUAAUUCCGAAACGGAAUCUACCUGUGCAGAUUCAAUGAUAUCUGCUAACUUGGUUCCACAACUAGACUCAGUUCCUUUGUCUGAACCAGAGAAUUUGGAACCGCAUGCUUUCGAGAACCCCUUUCCAGAAUUAGUUUCAAGCACUGAGGAUUUACUAGAACCUGCACAAGUUCUUUUACAAAAAGAUCCUGUCGAUAUGGAAAACCUACCCUCUCCUGUGGAAGCCACUACUCAAUCUGCAGAUACAAACGCCAUAGUUCCUGUGGAAACUAUUAUGAAACCAGAAACGGAAGCCCCAUCGCCUAUGGAUGUUGAAACUACUCAAGAUUUACAAGCUGAAGCAUUGGAACCCCAAGAGUCCGUGUCUGCAGCACCAGCAAUACCAGUGGAGGUUGUUCCUGUAACAGAACAUCUCACAGAGGAAACCAAAGAUGAGACGGCAGAAAUGGUUGCAGAACCAGCCAUCCCAGUGGAAAUUGUUCCAGAAGAACAACCUCUAUCAUCAGGAAAUAAUGUUCCGGUGGAAAAAGAGACUUCAUCCGUACCAGUUGAAGCUGCUUCAGAUACAGUAUCUAUUCCAGUGAGUGUGGACAGCGUGGAGCAAAAGGAGAGUAACGCUAGUGAGGAACCGCAGUUUGGUGAAGAUAUUUUAAAGAAAGAUGAUGUAAUAGUAGAAUCAGUAACUGCGAAUCCGGAUUUAUCAAGCGAUACCCAACUAGCCAGUACAGACCAAGAAUUAAAGGAUCCGGGAACAGAAGGUUCCAUUGCGGAACGCGAGGUGAAGAAGUGGUACAACGCCGUUGAGAUGCCAAACAAUCCGUACUCCCCGGAGGCCCUGAAGCAGCGCAUCAGUGGCACCCAGGAGCGCUACAUGGAUGUGCCCAACAUCAGUCCGAGUGCUGAGCAAAAGGCACUGGCGUCGGCGCUGACGGAAAAUCCGGAUCCGCCAGCGCCCAAAGCGGAUUAUAAGCGCUAUAGCCGCGACUACUACAUCAACAAUGCUCCCACAUCCCCUGACAGCACGGGGAGUGGAAAGGCCGCCACGACCAGCGCAGCCGAGGAUGUGGAGGACAUCGUGAUCAACGAGGUAAAUCAAGAACCAGAACCACAUCCACCGCAUGGCCGCAUUUCAAGUGGCGCUCAGAGCACCGCUGCCGACCUCUCUCAUUGGACCCUAUCCACGCCAGUGCGACGCAGUAGCUCACUAAAGUUCAUUAACAGCCGCCCCUUCCACUCGCCCUCCCCCUCGCUGGGCUACGAGAGAUCGGUGCCCCUCGAGAGACCUUCGACCUCGGCGUCCCAUUACCGCGAAUCGAGUUUGGGUUUGGGUGACGACGACGACUUUGACCUGAGAUCACAGCGCUCCUGGCGCAGCAGCUACAGUUCUCUGCCCAAGCGACACACGCAGUCCUCGCUGAGCCUGCACAGCAAUGGUAGCGGGGUGUCCUUCGGCUCGUCCGUGUCCAAGAGACGUCCAGCGGCAGGUGGGCCCUCCGCCGGCGUGCUCACCCAGUUCGAAAAGCAGCUGCUGCACAAGGACCUCAAGCGGAAUAGCUUCCGGGCGGUGUCCGCCACGUCCAAGGACUUUGUCAUGAACCCACUCUUUGAGAGCGAGCCGCUGGGCGGGAAGACGGUCCUGCGGCCGGAGACGGAGGACCAGGGCGACUCGGGGGUGGACAGCUGCCUGAACGGCUUCAGCGGUGCGGACGCCAAGUACAGCAACAAUAGUCUGCUAUUCUAGGAACUCUGGGGAUCGUUUGGGUCAUAGGCCCCACGGAUAUUUGCCAAAUUACGCAUAGCUUAGUCAAACAAACAGAUGUUAAACACUAGUCAGUAUAGCAAAGCCAAUUUCUCUGUACAUAGCAAUUAGGAUGGGCAUCGGCGGGAAUAGAAAUUACAAAAAUACAACCAUACUGAACACGGGAAAUGAGGCAGGCACAGAAUCUCCCGCACUGGAGGGGCAACCUAUUCCUACCUUUCCACUGCACCAGCACCUGUUGCACCAACCACGCCACGCGAAUGAGAGGGUCGAGCUAGUGUUCUGAUCGUAGCUUUAGUUAAUACCACUUACGUAAUGCUAAUGCCCUAGAGUAUGCAACGUUUGUUUUUAAUCAUUAUACUUGCUGUUAAUUUUAUGAAAUAAUAUGAUAAAUCCUGUACCGUAUCUGUAUGCACACCGCUAACGCUCUUUCCAACGAAACACCAUACACAUAUGCCUAGCGAUAUCUAGAAAUCUAUAGUGCAGUAAUUCCAAAUAAAGCCAAACAAUAAACCAACCAACAAACAAA